AUGAGCUUGCUAGAAUCAGAAGAAGAAUGGGUCUUCAAAACGAAGCGUGCUGCCUUUAGAAACUGGUUUUUUAUGGGCCUCAAAAAAGAUUCUGAACUAAGUUGUGGAAAAGUUCCCGACAGAUCUUCAAAUUCACUUGAAUUGAGCAGAUCAAAAGGGCUGUCACCCACAUACUUUCAAAGUACAUUAUUUGGCUCCCUCAGAUCCGCAACAACCUCUUUACGAAAAAGGCCUUUCCUUCUAAAGAGUCAAAGACGUAGAAAUGGGAAGGGAAAUCGCACUCGAAGCAAAAGGUCAUUUCAAUUGAAGGAAAAUGUUAAAACCAAGCUUCAAAAACUAAAAAGCACUUGUAAUAAAUUUGUUAUAUCGUCUAAAAUUCCGGUUACCCAGAAUGACUCUACAUAUCUUUCACAGGAAAUGUCCUUAAUAUGUUCUCAUCACGACAAUGAUGCUGGAGAAAAAUUAUCAUGUUACAAAAGCUUCAGAACAAGCUCAAGAGAUUUGAGCUUACUUUUUGAAUACACUAUGAAAGAUGAUUCAAGUGAUUUCAAUUUCGAGAGUAAGGCCAAUAGUAAUCCUCCAAUUUUAAAAAGUUUGCUAUUUAGUGGACGCCCUACUAGUCAACAAGACCAUAACAAUAAAACUCUCCCUAUCUUUUCAAAUAAUCUGUCAACUUCAGCUGAUAUAGUUAUAGAGGCAAAAACUACUGAAAAUAAAAGAAUUUACGAUAAAGUUUUGCAAGAACUGGUAAGUUUAAAAAAUUCAGGUUUUACAAGAUCGAAAAAGACGUCAGUAAGAUUGUUGGAUAAUGAUAGUCUUGGAUCUGACUCCCUUGCCAGCACUUCUAUGGUAGUACCAGAUGUUACUUAUGAGAAUGACACCAGUGUCAGCUGUCUGCUCGAGGACACCGAGUCUUCUAUAGCCAUAAAUAAACGUUCUGAGCUAAUGGAUCCUUCACCUUAUUCUAAAUUAAAACCUAAUAAUAAGGAGGUUUCCUCAGUGUAUUCUUCCUUACUCGAAUCCUCAACCACAAGUAGUAAGGUUUACACCGUUCCAACAUUUAGGGAGCAAGUCACGAGGCUAAAUAUUAAAGACAUAAUCGAUAGUUUAAGAAAUGGCACACUGACGGAGAAACAAUUGACAGGUAUGAAAAGAUGCGUUCAACAGAAACUAAACUUCAAAAAUAGUACAUUUUAUUCUGAACUACCUUCUGAUUUUUUUGAAAAUGAGAGUGUCCCUUAUGAAGAGCCUGUCGAUAUUUGUGAGAAAGAGGAUGAUAUUCUUGAUACUACGGAGACAAGUGUCAGAUUUGACACCACUUCAAAACUUUUAGUUUAUACACCAAAAAAAAUCCAACCUAUACCAGAUAGUAAGGCAAGUAUGGAACCUCAUUCAAUCUUGAAGUCAAGAGAUAAUUCCAUGAUGGAGCUUGAAAAUCAGCAAGCUUUGCGAUGUGAGAGAGCAAAUCUGAAGACUUUUAUCAAAUCCUUCAACUUUUUUGAGGGAAAAAGAGAAGAAGAGGAAAUUGAUAAUGCCAAACAGCGAGAAAGUCAGUUACAAAGAUACUAUUCGAAGCAAAUAUGCCCUGAAAAUUGGCCAGAUGAGCUCAGUGUAUCCAAUCAACUUUUUAUAGGUGAAAAAAACUAUCGUUCAUCAAAGAAUAAGAGAAAGCUUUGUGGAGUUGUGACAAAUUUGUAA